GGGGCUGUCACUCAGGAGCUGGUGCAGGUGCAGAGCUGAGAUCAGCCGCAGAAGGAAGGAGGACCAGAGCUAAACCACAUUUCAGGAUGGCGUCUGCAAAUGCCACAUAUGGACAGAAGGAGUCCUCAGACCAGAACUUUGAUUACAUGUUUAAAAUCCUCAUCAUUGGCAACAGCAGCGUUGGAAAGACGUCCUUUCUUUUCCGCUACGCAGAUGAUUCAUUCACACCAGCCUUCGUGAGCACGGUGGGCAUCGACUUCAAGGUCAAGACCAUCUACAGGAACGACAAGAGGAUAAAGCUGCAGAUCUGGGACACUGCUGGACAGGAGCGCUACAGGACGAUCACCACAGCUUAUUACAGGGGAGCCAUGGGCUUCAUCCUCAUGUAUGACAUCACCAACGAGGAAUCCUUCAACGCUGUGCAAGACUGGUCGACUCAGAUCAAGACAUACUCAUGGGACAAUGCUCAGGUGCUCCUGGUGGGGAACAAGUGUGACAUGGAUGAUGAACGGGUGGUGGCUGCAGAGAGGGGCCGGCAGCUGUCAGAGCAGCUCGGUUUCGAGUACUUUGAAGUGAGCGCCAAAGACAACGUAAACGUGAAGCAGACCUUCGAGCGGCUGGUGGACAUCAUCUGUGAGAGGAUGUCAGAGAGUCUGGACAACAACGACCCGUCUGUCACUGGAAAUAAACAGGGGCCGCAGCUCAGCGAGCAGCCCCAGAGGUCCAGUCAGGAUUGUGCUUGCUAAACACAACUACACACACACACAAAAAACACGCACACUCAGAUUGCUAUCCUGGAAACCAAACACCUUAUUUUCCAGUUUCUCUUUUGCUUUCUCUUUAUUUCUGAUAAGCUCACACACAAAUCACACACACACACAAGCACUGCCAUACAGAGUCACACAACCUGGCUGCUUCAAUUCUCCACCCCUCUCACUACAUGAAGGAACCGGCCACAUGAGUCCGCUUUCUUCAGAGGGAAAGUGUUUUCUGAGAUAUUGUCCGAAGGUUUUUGUUCAUGAAAUGUGGUAAUUUAGUCAAAGGGGUGAAGAAAGUUCAACAAAGGUUUCAACAAUCCUGUAUACACACAUACACAUACACGCGCACGCGUGUUCACAAGGCUGAGACUCCAUCAUUCCCUAUUCACGUGUCUGAAAUGGGGGUUUAACUUUAAAAGGUCCUGAGGGGAAAGAUAUUGUCCUCCAGGUCCCACUCAGCUCCAAACGCCUCAAACCUGAAUGGAUAAAAAAAAAAAAAUCAUUGGCCGACGUUUAACUUCUAGUCCCAUUGAGAAUAUAUGUUUAUUGCCGUGAAUAGAGUUGAUGUUUCUGUUUAACGUAUUUUGUGUUGGUUGGGUUUGCUUUUUGGAGCAUGUGAAAUCUCUCGUCCUUCCCAGUGUUGAGUUUCUACGGAGAAUUGUGGUCCAAGUCUUGACAUACAAACAGGGUCAUUUUGAAAGUUUACUUUUUAAUUUAGGGCUGAUUGCAAAAAAAAGUCCUGCAUAUCAGUUUGUUAGUCAUGUUGCAUUGUUAUAGGAUCCAUUCUGGGCCCCUUCUCAGAUUUUUAAAACCUUUUUAAAAGCAGUUUUGGUCCAAUGUAAAAAGCUGCAUAGCCUCUGUGGCUGCUAGAUUUUUAAUUUCUAGUUCUUUUUUCUUUUUUUUUACUUUUCUUACUAUUUUUAAGACAAAGAGGAUAAGGGACCUUCAUCACACAGGGAAGAGUGUAUAAAUAUUUCAAAGUGAAUAGAUGUGCAUUGCGAAAUGCAUAUAUAAUAUAAAUACAUAUAUAAUUAACAUAUUAUACAAAUCUGAAUGAUUUAGGAUAUUGGAUCCUUCCUGUUCUUUAGUGCGAGGUGCAUGUGGUUUGUUUUGAACCAGUGAUGGUUGCCUGGAUGCUUGUGUGAGUCACUGGCUGAAUUUAAAACCCAUCUGUCCGACACUUUCAGCACCAAAUGGGGGCUCUGGGUUUCUCUCGUUAAGCCCACGGCCCCUUCUCAUUAUAUUAACUUUCAUCCAUCCACCACUCACUGGAGAGGAAUGGGACUCGGUGUGAGUCCCACAGAGCUGCCACCUCCAUCCCCUUCCAGAGAGUCUCUUACAGACUGUAAUCAUGGAUGAUGUCUUCAUCUUUAUUUUGGAGGGAACAUGUUUUUUUUUUAAUCACGCUUGACGUCAAAUUAUCAGUUUCAUUUGUCUGUCUGAUUCGAAGGUGAGGGAUUUGUCUGCUCGUGUACAACACUCCUCAGUAAAUCAUGCGUUCACAGAUGUGCUGAGGCAUGUGGAAACAUUUCAAGUUAUUCCAAAAUAUAACUUAUUUAUUUUGUAUUAUUUAUAACAUAAUUUAUUUUUAAGAUAGUGUUCUGCCUAGAUUAUGCAUCGCUAUCUGCACUUGACUUCUUUAUGAGAUGUUCAAUAGUACUUGAUCGCUUCAACGGUUCCAGCUUUGACAUGAGAAGGAGUAUAUUUGUGUUUACAGUGAGUACAACUUGACAUGCUUCCUUGAGAGGAAAACUCAACAUUCCAGUGUAAAAGCCUCUUUAUCAUGUCCACGAGGCUUUGGAGGCAAGUCUGUUUGUCUUUUGAUAUCAGUUAUGUAACUUUUAAGGCUUGCUGGUAUAGGAGCCGACUGUUCCUCGCAGAUGAAUAGCAGUCGUGACUCCCCACGCCCAAAUGUGAGCGGCGUACAACCCUGCAGAAGGUUUACUGUCCUGCCCUGUACCUGGGUGUGUGUAUGUACAGUUUGUAUAAAGGCGGUGGUAAUAUUUGUUCUCUCCAAAGAGGUCUUGACAAACACAGUCGGAGCCAAAAAGAGUGCGUGUGGUUACACACUGUUUGACUCGUACUGACAAACUUGUGCUUUUCCUACUCGGCACUAGCUUUGAAGAGAGGACGAUGUUUUAGGAAGUAAACAGAAUACGCUCAACAUUUAUUCAAAAGUGACGGUUCUCACUGCAUUGGAUCACUUUUGACUUGUCUGUUGAUUAUUUUUGUUUUGUUCCUUUAAAUGUUAUGUUUUGCUACAGCUGUAAACUUGGCGGUGACUUACACAUCGAUUCCGUCCUCCUCCUCCUCUUCCUCCUCUUCCUCCUCCUCCUCCUCCUCCUCUCUCUGUCAUCAGUAACCUCUGUAAAUAGAACUUUUUUCUGACCGUCGGGUAUUAGUUGUGUGAAUUGUGCUGUAAUUCUGUAAUGCCAGAUUUGCUAUAAAUGAGGAAUCAAUAAACAAAAUUUUAAAUGCUGGA